GGAUCAACACACCGGGGAGCGGCGCGGCGCGGCCCGAGGACACAGCGGCAGCUGCCCCCGCCGCGGCUCAGCCCAGCGGCGGCCCGCGCCCCGGCGACCCCGGCGACCCCCGGGCCCCGCGCCCGAGCUGCCUCCGGGAGGGGGGGGGGAAAGGGCCCGGAUCCUCCUUCUCCCCCUCCUCCUCCUCGCGCCCCUCCCGCCCCGACCCCCGCCCCGCCGCCCCGGCCCUCGCCUCCCGCCCCCGCCUCGCCCCGCCGGCCUCCCACCACGGCCUCUCUCGGCGAGGAAACUCUGGCCUCCGCUUCCUCCUCCUCCGACUCGGACACCGGCGGAGCCUCCCCGCCCCCGCGGAAGAAACCCCGAGCCUCGGCGGCGGAGGGAGCAGGAGAGCCCGGGGCUUCGGCCGGCAGAGCAGGCCUCUCCCCUGCGUCGUCCUCCUCCUCCUCCGUGGUGGUGGUGGUGGGACUCGCCCCGGCUGCCGCCCCUCCCGCCGCCGCUGUCGCCCCCCGAGGCAGCGGCCACAGCCCGGUCAGCGGCAGCGCCAUGCAGGCCAACGGGGCAGGAGGAGGAGGAGGUGGCGGCGGCCAGGGGCAGACCCCGGAGCUCGCCUGCCUGGCGGCCCAGAACGGGGAGUCGUCGCCCUCGUCGUCGACGUCCGCGGGGGACCUGGCCCACGCCAACGGGCUGCUGCCGUCCGCCCCCUCCACCGCCAGCAACAAUAGCAGCAGCCCGAACGUCAAUAACGGGGUUCCCGGCGGGGCGGCCGCCGCGGCCUCCGCCACCGCCGCCGCCGCCUGCCUGGCCACCCCGGAGCUGGGCAGCAGUCUCAAGAAGAAGAAGCGGCUCUCCCAGUCCGAUGAGGACGUCAUUAGGCUGAUCGGACAGCACCUGAAUGGCUUAGGUCUCAACCAGACUGUUGAUCUCCUCAUGCAAGAGUCAGGAUGUCGUUUAGAACAUCCUUCUGCUACCAAAUUCCGAAAUCAUGUCAUGGAAGGAGACUGGGAUAAGGCAGAAAAUGACCUGAAUGAACUAAAGCCUUUAGUGCAUUCUCCUCAUGCUAUUGUGGUAAGAGGCGCACUUGAAAUCUCUCAAACGUUGUUGGGAAUAAUUGUGAGGAUGAAGUUUUUGCUGCUGCAGCAGAAGUACCUGGAAUACCUGGAGGAUGGCAAGGUCCUGGAGGCACUUCAAGUUCUACGCUGUGAAUUGACUCCACUGAAAUACAAUACAGAGCGCAUUCAUGUUCUUAGUGGGUAUCUGAUGUGUAGCCAUGCAGAAGACCUACGUGCAAAAGCAGAAUGGGAAGGCAAAGGGACAGCUUCCCGAUCCAAACUGUUGGACAAACUUCAGACCUAUUUACCACCAUCAGUGAUGCUUCCCCCACGGCGUUUACAGACUCUCCUGCGGCAGGCGGUGGAACUACAAAGGGAUCGGUGCCUGUAUCACAAUACCAAACUUGAUAAUAAUCUAGAUUCUGUGUCUCUGCUUAUAGAUCAUGUUUGUAGUAGGAGGCAAUUCCCAUGUUACACUCAGCAGAUACUUACAGAGCAUUGUAAUGAAGUGUGGUUCUGUAAAUUCUCUAAUGAUGGCACUAAACUAGCAACAGGAUCAAAAGACACAACAGUUAUCAUAUGGCAAGUUGAUCCGGAUACACACCUGCUAAAACUGCUUAAAACAUUAGAAGGACAUGCUUAUGGUGUUUCUUAUAUUGCAUGGAGUCCAGAUGACAACUAUCUUGUUGCUUGUGGCCCAGAUGACUGCUCUGAGCUUUGGCUUUGGAAUGUACAAACUGGAGAACUAAGGACAAAAAUGAGCCAGUCUCAUGAAGACAGUUUAACAAGUGUGGCUUGGAAUCCAGAUGGAAAGCGCUUUGUGACUGGAGGUCAGCGUGGGCAGUUCUAUCAGUGCGAUUUAGAUGGUAAUCUUCUUGACUCCUGGGAAGGGGUGAGAGUACAAUGCCUUUGGUGCUUGAGCGACGGGAAGACUGUUCUGGCAUCAGACACACACCAGCGAAUUCGGGGAUAUAACUUCGAGGACCUUACAGAUAGGAACAUAGUACAAGAAGAUCAUCCUAUUAUGUCUUUUACUAUUUCAAAAAAUGGCCGAUUAGCUUUGUUAAAUGUAGCUACUCAGGGAGUUCAUUUAUGGGACUUGCAGGACAGAGUUUUAGUCAGAAAGUAUCAAGGUGUUACACAAGGGUUUUAUACAAUUCAUUCAUGUUUUGGAGGCCAUAAUGAAGACUUCAUCGCCAGUGGCAGUGAAGAUCACAAGGUUUACAUCUGGCACAAACGUAGUGAACUACCAAUUGCGGAGCUGACAGGGCACACACGUACAGUAAACUGUGUGAGCUGGAACCCACAGAUUCCAUCCAUGAUGGCCAGCGCCUCAGAUGAUGGCACUGUUAGAAUAUGGGGACCAGCGCCUUUUAUAGACCACCAGAAUAUUGAAGAGGAAUGCAGUAGCAUGGAUAGUUGAUGGCGAAUUUGGAGCAGACGACUUCUGUUUAACUUAAAAUUAGUCGUAUUUUAAUGGCUUGGGAUUUGGUGCAAACAAACAUGAUUGAUAGCUGGACAGACAUGCUCGUCAUGAAAAAAGAACCAUUUCUGAAGCCCAGUUGGGGCCAAACAUUUACACCUUGCUUCAUAGUAACCAGUUGAGAUGAAGCACGUCGUUAGAACGUUGUCGGACACCAUGUUGAAUUACCCCCCCAUCGGUCGUGAGGAACUGUGCUACAUUCAGGCUUACCCACUGAACUCAGCAUAUAUAUUUUUUUCCCUCUUGCCUUUUGUCGGGCAGGAUACCAUUCUUGUUGCUCUUCUGUGUAAUGAAGUUUAAAUGCUUGUUUGGAAAACUUUAUUUAACAGUUUAGAAGGCUUGAUAGAAAGAGUGCAUUAGUCUGAAGAGUAUACAUUGGAUAGGAAUUUCCUUCUUUUGUUUCUCCAAAUCUUUCCGCCUUGUUUAGCUUGAGAUCUUUGCAGCUUGGUUCAUGGAUUCUAGCCUUGCCCGUUGCGCAGUAUAUACUGAUCCAGAUGAUAAACCAGUGAACUAUGUCAAAAGCACUCUCAAUAUUACAUUUGACAAAAAGUUUUGUACUUUUCACAUAGCUUGUUGCCCCGUAAAAGGGUUAACAGCACAAUUUUUUUAAAAUAAAUUAAGAAGUAUUUAUAGGAUUAAAGUGACUUCAUUUGUAUACAUUUGGAAUCUAAACCAGCUCAAAAACAGUUUCCUCUAUGACUUAGAUAUGUAGUAUAACUGAUGCUCUUCUGGAAUACCACAUGAGACAUGGUCAGAAACAGCACUUGGAAGGACAUUACACAGGAAAUUCAGAGUAAUGCUUUGAAGGUUUCCCCCCUGGUGUUUUAUUCCUGAAGGAACAUCAGUACCUGAUCUUGAAAAAAUUCAAGAUUCAAAAAGAGAAUUUUAAAUAUUAUACCAACAUGAGAGAUCAGUGGUCAGUUUAGGUUUUCAACAAAGCUUGUUCCAAGUUGUUCUUAACUUGGUAAGUCAUCUUGGUGUGAUGUAGCAAGAGAGUAGAAAUCAGCUGUAACUACUUUGGAAGUUUAUAGCAUAAUUGAGAUUAUUAGAAGAAUUCAGCAGAUUACAGACAAACUGGGAUUAAAACCCUAUAUAGUCAUUUCUCUUAAUUGCCCUUAAUAUUUUGACAUAUAAGUAUACAUAAAUUUAAAGAAUAUUUCUUCUCAGUUUUUCAGAUAUUGCCAUACUGAACCUCAUUCUAAACUGGUGCUGUGGAUAGUCUUUCCCUCUCCUCUCCCCUUUUAGUUUAAGGAAAGGUUUCCUUCAUGGAAAAUCGCUUUUAAUUUUAAGAAUUUCACAUUUAAAAUAAGCCAAAAGCCUGAUGUUCACAUUGUGCUUUUAAACCCCAUAACAGCUGAAUACAGCAUACUUAGUUUCCUUUGAAAUUCCCUCCCUUUUUCAGUAGGAGAUAAAAAAGGGUGACCAUAGCUCUUAUGUUGGGAAGGGGAGUGGGGAUAUUGCCAAAAUAAGAUUCUGGUGAAGAAAAGUCUUGUACUCGGUUCCCCUUUAGGCCUAGCCAAGUCUAUAUUAUCACCAUGAGUAGACUCCUUCAGCAUCCACAAAGAGAAAGGCUUGGAUGGCAGGAAUUCUGUUGUGGGGUAGGGAUGGCAGCAGGGAGAAAGGGGAAAGUCAGGGAAGGGGAGAAGAGAGAAAAACACACUUGGCCUUAAAAUAGCAUGCAUUCUCCCAAAAGCCCAUAGAAAGAAAAAAUGAUAGAUCAUGGUCAGCAGAUUAUUUUAUCAAAUUGGCAUGUAAAAGAUUUCUUCAAGCUCCAUUUUGCAGAGACCACCACUUAGAGAAUCAAAGAAUUCCUGUUGAGAUACUUCGAAAUUAAAAUAACUAUAUGUUUAUCUGGUACUUCAUUUUUCUUAACCAAAAUCACUUUUUACUUUAAGCUUGAAUAAAAUCUUCAUUGGUAACUAUAUAUAAUUAAGUGGCCACUUCUCUUUACCUCAGUACAGUUAAAACCAUUCAUAUUUUAAGUGAUUUGUGUAUAUACCCUGAAGCCAUUAACAUACCCCAGUCUCUACAGUAACAUCACUCACAGUGUGGGCAUAGAAACUCCACAGCUGUUUACAGAUUUGGUUACAGUGUGCUGUGGUACACUUGUAACAUUCACUGAAUUUGUGCCCAUUCAGGAGCAACUUGGCACUCAGAUUCUACAGUCUACUCCACCCAGCCACCCCUAGAUCUGAGUUUUCAGAGUGCUUCUGAAGUACCGUUAAAAACACUUUAAAAAAGUGGAGUAAAGUGAGGCACAUUUUACAAGAACAUAACUCCUAUUAAAACGGAGUAACAACUAUGCAAAGGUUUCUAUAGCAGCUAGGUGAGUUUGUUUUCUAGGUCCGCCAUAACUGGCAGUUUCCUAUAUAUACUGGUACUUUGCGGUGCAAAUUUGCUGUAAACGUCUGUUUCAUACAUUUGCCGUGCAGUUACUGUGCUAAAAAGGUGAGAUGGUGAAGAAACCUAGGGCUUUAUGAUACAAGAACUUGAUGAUAGGACUUCUAAUUCAUAGCUACCAACUGAAAACUUCAGAUAGUUCUGUAGACUCUGUAGUAGGCUUAAGAGAAUACUGUCAAGCCAGCCACAAGACACUAACAAAUGAAUAAAUUGAAAAGUACCAAUACUUUUUGCACAUUGAUCAAAAUAGAGUGGAGAAUUUUGGCUCCAAAAAUCAGGUUAGUAGGCUUACUUCCAUGUGCUUAAAAAUGUUUUUAUUGUUAUGCAUUGAUUAAGGGCUAGAGCAAGUAUGAAAUUAAAAUGUCUUUUUCCUCCAAAUAAUUGGUUGUUAAUGGUAAAAUGUUGGAUUUGGGAUUACUGAGAUUGGUAUGUGGGUGGUGAUAAAGAAUUAGAGUGGGAAUUAGUUGGGAGGGAUGACAGGGCUUCAGUUUUGGUUUUUGUGUUUUAUUAGUAUUCAUACCACUACAUUUCUGUUGCUCUUAUUGGCCAGGUAACUGUGUUAUAUUAAACCAGGUAAGUAGCUUAAACAGAAAAUUUUAUUUGCAAAUAUCCCUAUAAAUUGACCCAUUUUAUUGGAUGGGAGAACAAAAGGGAUUCCCCAACUUUUUAAGUAAUUAAAAUAACCUGCUAGUCAAAAGGAAAAAAAAUACCAUCUUGUCGAUAAUUAGUCAGAGAAAACACAAAUUAAUAUGGUGAGUUUUAUUAUUAGAAGUGUUCUGCCUCUAGUGGCAUUCCGUGGCAUUAAUAGAAAAUUCUUCUUUCCCACCCCUCCCUAUCUUGAAAUUUUCUUUUUUAGGAUGUUGGUUCCUGCAAACAAGAACUGACCCUAUCACCUCUGCCUCACAGUGGGUAAAUAUAUCGUACAUCUCUUGAAAGGGAAAAUAUCCAUGCCAGUUUCUUUCACAGUAGAAGAAUGGCUGCUUUUGAAUGGGGAGGAAAGAAGACAUUUUUCUUAAUAUCCUUUUUGUCCCAUUUCUAAAAUGUGUAAUUAGCAACUUUCCUUUGGGGUUGCUCUUCAACACGUUACUUCCAUUUCAGAAACCAUAUCUGUUUUAAUAUGAACUGCUAACUUUAAAAGAAGAGGAGGAAUUUGCAUUUACACUUAGACACUUUCUAAAAAACAGGGUGAACUUAAUUGAAAUUUUUCAGUGUUGUUAAGCUAUUGUUAUAGUAGCUGCCCUACAGUUGCAAAACAAAGACUAUAAAAACCCACCCCCUAUUACUUAAUCCAGAUAGCCUGGAUUUAACAAAACUAAUAAUAUAAAAAUGUGUGUUUGUGUAUUGUGUGUCUGUAUGGGAGAGAGAGUACUUAACUCAAAAAGUCCUGGAAAACAGCUAUUCUAGGUUCAUGUCAAUUCUACUAAGUCUCGUGCACAUGUGAAGUGCCCUCUCGGUUUAAGGUUUGGUUAAUGCUGGUAUAUUUUUAUAAGAUUGAAAUUGUGUCCCCAUCUUUAACUUAAACAUUUUCAUGAUCAGGGUCAAUAUGCUGGAACUAAAUCUCAACAUUUUUAGGCACAGAUGGAAAAAAAUGUUAUUGGCUCCUUGAAAAUGUGUGUGUGUGGUGAGGGGAAUAGAUCCACAAAAGCAUGUGUGUACUUAAAAACCAAGCUGUAGAGAUCAAGAAAAGAACUUAAGUGUUGAUCUCAAGAUUUCUAAAUUGUCAAGAUUUACUGGCAUUGUGGUGGAACUAGUUAACAGUUAGAGCCUUUGGUAUGUAGUUAACUAUUUGCUAAGGACUGAUUAAAUGUUUCAAAGGAUUGUGUUCUUAAAUUUUGGGGGGUUUGUUUCUUUUUGUUUUUUAACUGCCUUUCAGAUUAUAUUUACUAGUUUAAAUUUCUUUGCUUUAUUUCAUUAAAGUAUAAAAACUUCAGGUCGCUGAUAUUUAUUUUCACUUGUUCUACUAAUUAUUUACAAAACACCCUUUGUUGACUUUUAUUUUAUAAAUGUGUAGUUAUGUCUUUAAAAUUAUGUUCAACUGAAACUACAUUAACUUUGAUUUGCUUUCCUGGGAUUUUUUUUUUUUUUUUUUUUUUUUAAUACACCUUUUCCAUGUCAGUGCACAGCACUUAACCAGUCAUUUGUAUUCCCUUUCUUUCAAUCCAAUAAACAGAAUGAAUAAGUAA